UUUAAAGAUCAAGUUAGAAAUGACUGUUUACUUACAAAGAUGGUGGUUGAUGAGAGAUCUGUGAUUGGGGGUCCGACAAGUGUUUUGGUCAAGGAUGAAGAUGGAUCAAUGACUCGGUACAGGAGGUGGAAUCCCUAUACCUGCAUGCUUGCUGCGGCGAUUCUAAAUGGCGUCGAAUACUUUGGGAUUACUAAAGGAGCUACGGUUUUGUAUCUUGGUGUGCCAGCUUCGGCAAUUACGGUUUCGCAUGUAUCCGACAUCGUCGGACGAGAUGGCAAAGUAUAUGCUGUUGUGUACCUACACAACAGCAGAGGAUAUAAAUUUUAUAUGGCAAGGAUGCAAGCCUUCAAUGACAUGACAAUGAUCCGGGAGAAUUUUUGUGGAUCGCCAAGUUGAUGUCUAGAUUAUUCUAGCUAGUACCGUACGGCUGGAGAU